CCUCAAAUUUUACCAAUUCCAAUCCCAAAAAAAUAGAAAAAAAAAAUCGUUUCUAAAAAAACAUAUUUCACUUCCUUCCCUCGCUUUAUCAUUUCUAUUAAUCGAUGACUGGAAUUAGGUUACAACAAGAAGAAUCAGCUGACCUUCACCUGACCCCAAACAGAGUUGCUGGUGCCGGCGGCGAUCUGGUGUCGGACGACGAGAGGUCUGUGGCAGCGGACUCUUGGUCAAUUAAGAGUGAUUAUGGAAGUAUUCUCGAUGACGAUCAGCGCCAUGCUGAUGCCGCCGAGGCUCUCUCCGCCGCAGCAAACUGUCGUGCUGCUUCUGAUUGCAGUUCGGACAGGAUGAACUGGACGCUGAAGGUGUGGCUUCCAUGCUAGGUCUACAGAGUUAUUGGGAUGCUGCUUAUGCUGAUGAGUUGGCGAACUUCCAUGAACAUGGUCAUGCCGGUGAUGUUUGGUAAACAUUCCUUUAAUUUUCUAUUCAUUUGAAACACCUCUCGCUGUUCAGUUUACAUGAUCAUGAAGCAGGAUAUCUGUUGCCUAACCGAAUGGAAAUAUAAAGUUUCCUUGUAGUGGCGUUUUAUUUUGUGGAGAGGAAAAUUAGUCCCUCAAAAAAGAAACUUCUUACCGAUGACUUUUCAUGGUCUAAAGAUCCCAUGCAUUUACUCUCUCGUGGAUACUAGGAAUCACUGUGAUAUAUGAACCUUGCUAUUCUCGCUCAUCCACACACAGAAAUUUCUUUUUUCUUUCAGGGAAAUUCAUUGUUUUGUACAUCUGUCACUGGAAAAAUUAUCUGGUUACAUGAUUCUGUUGCUAGUGGCCUAAAAGUGGUGAGUCCUCACACAAUGUGAAAUAAUAAUGCUCGAAUUGCAACUGUUUGCAGCAAUGCCGUGUCGUUGAAAACGAUUGAUUCAGCAAUGCUCAAAUGUCUUAAUGUGACCAGUUAGUGGUCUAUCAUCAAAAUUUUCGUACAACAAGAAGCACAUUCUGAUUCUCGAGGAUAUGAUGUUGGUCCAUUAAAGUGCUUCCCAAACUGGAUCUUUUAUGAGGUUGGGAUGAGGUAAAAUUAGUACUUUUUUGCAAAGAGAAAGAAAAGGCAAUUUAUCCUGUAUAUCUUUUAUAGGCAGAGAUUUCCGAGUUAGGCUCUCUCCAAAUGGAGUCAAGCUGCAUGCAAAUUUUUUCUAGGUUAACUCAUCAUAAUUAUGCGAGGGCUAAUUGAUGCACCUUUGAGUAGUCUCUCUCCAAAUCAAGGGUAUGAUGCUGUAAAAAAUGUAUAAAUACUAAAUCAAUAUAAAACUAUGGUUUCCUUAUAUUUUUUAUUUGGAUUUUUUCUAUAGGAAAAAAGGAGAAAGAAACGUAGGUAAGAGCCACCAACAUGGUGCAAUCUAUAAUCUAUACUGAAAGGACAUUGCAAAAGUAUUUUUUUGCAAGACAAAGGUGCAGCGUUUCAAUCCAGCAAUCAAUAACAGAAAGAUAGCUACACUCCCUAAAGGCCUCCUAUUAUAGUUAAAUGUAUUAAAGCACUUUCCCCCAUAUCUGUACAAAAGCAUUCCCAAGUCCACACCUGUCCUUAAGCUAAUGCCGAACAGAUUACUACCUCUGAGAAUGGAUGCUGUCACAGUUCUCACCAAGCAGAAUGCCAAAUUGAUCCCAGCGAUUCUGUUGCUCUGUUAUGGAGAUUUAAUUUUAUUUUUUGGACAAUGUCGAUGGCCAAAAUUCUCCACAAUACUGCUUUCCAAGGAAAAUAGGGAAAUCAUUGGAGGUUUGGAACUGAUGUCGUGGAUGUUGUUGCUUCUUGGACGAAAAGCCUAUGCUUUGAAAUUUCUCAAGGUCAUAAUCCAAGUCAUGUUGAUGAUAUCAAGUCUGAAACUGUUGGAGAGUGAUAAAUAUUUGUCCAGCUGGAGUGUACUUGACAUCGGGACUGGCAACGGCUUACUCCUUCACGAACUCGCUAAGCAGGGGUUCUCUGAUUUAACUGGAGUUGAUUACAGUGAAGGUUCCAUUAAACUGGCGCGGACGCUUGCUGAUCGAGAUGGGUUUUCGAAUAUCAACCUUCUGGUGUGUCCUAACUUUAAUAUUAUUAUGAAAUUAUAACUGAUUGUGUUUGUAUUCUUGUGAAAUUUUGUUUUAUUCAUUUCAAUUUCAUCUGUGUUUUUCCUUUUGACUUGUUAACUAGGCUUUUACAAGCUUGUGGCUGUCUUCUCCAUGAAAUUGAUCUUCUUAAUUUGUUGUCGUUUAGCGGGAUCUUGAUAUUAGAUAAUUUUAUCUUAAUAAUUAAAUGAACUUGAGAUUGAUAACAUGGAAGUGAGCAAUCCAUGAACUUUAUCUUUUGAGAUAUAUACAGAACAACCACUAUUUAAGUAUCAUAUAUUUUUAUUUAUUGUUUUCAAUGUUGUAUGUAUUAGUCUUUUUCUUUAUUACCUACUAAUUUUUUAUUUUUGUUUUAGUAUAAUUUUUAAACUCUUGAAAUUUUUCACAACCUUAGUACUUAUCAAGUUUUGUGUUUUUUAUAGCACACAAUUGAUUUAAUACUAGGUUACUCUCUUAGCCACCUCUUGUUUUUUACAUCCUAGUAAAAAACUUUAUAUAUAAUUAAUUUUAUAAACUAAUUAGUUUUUUAAAUUUAAAAAACUCUAUAUUAACUAAAAGUAGGGAUUAUAUAUCUUCUAACCUUAAACUUUUCUCAUCAAGUAGCCUUACUUAUACUCAUCCAUACAGGAUGAUUAAUUCCAUUAACACAACAGUUUUUUCAUUAAAUAUUUUAUCAGAUGUUAUUUUAAUAUUUGUAAAUCUAAAAAUUAUUUCACGGAAGCCAUAUCUCUUCUAAGUAUAUUACUCUCUUGGGGUGUCAUGACAUUAUAGAGACCACCCAAAAAUUUGAGCAAUCCAUCUGUAGGCUUCUCUUUUAGGUAUAUUACACAUGCAAUUACACUCUUGAGGUGUCAUGACAUUAAAUUGACCACCCAAAAAUUAAAGGAUAUCACAGGAACCCUUUUUCCAACCUAAAUGGCGGGGGUGAUUUUAAAAAAGGGAGGGCAUUUUGGAUACAAAAUAGGAUUUCUGUAAUAUUUUUCUUUUUUAAACGUAGAGGGGUUUCAUGUAAAAUCUUCAAACUUCUAUGUGGACUCUAUAAUUCUGCAAUACCUCAGGGGCUUAUUGUAAUUUGCGUUUUAUUUUUUGUUGCUUUUAUCUUUAGUGGGAUUUUAAUAUUGGAUAGUUUUGUCUUAACUGUUAAAUGAACAUUUAAUAUUUGAUAACAUGGCAUUAAUCUAUUUACUCCCGUUUGUAUUUCCUCUUUGAAUUGUCAUGCAUCUUACACCUCUUGAGAAAACCGGUGACCUUUCAAGCUGGAAGUAAGCUACUCCUGUGAAGUUCUUGUAGAGCAAGAAGUGGGAAAUUUCAAGCAAAGAAGGAAUGAUGUAUAUCAGGAGGAACCAGAGUCCAUGAAGAACAAGAAGCAUCCAGGGACUCGUCAUUUCAAUACCUGGAUCAUGUGCGAACAUAUCCUACCUUUAUGUUUGGUGGAUCAGUAGGAUCACGUGUUGUCACUGUGGCAUUUCUUCGAAACUAAACAUUAGCUUUCUGUCAUGGGUGGAGGCACUGGGAGGUUUUGUUGUGGUUCGAGCUUUUGAUAUGUGUGUGUGUGUGUGUGUGAGAGAGAGAGAGAGAGAGAGGAGGGGAAGUAAUAUUUUUUGAGAAAGGUCGAUGCUGAAAUGAAUUAUUGAAUCCAAUGUUUGAUCGAGAAAUGAUGAGAUUCAACGAAACCAAUACAUUUUCAUGUUUUUGUUAGGAUGCCCGUUGAAUUUGUUUAUGUUAGCGAUCAGGCAACUAUAUAUGCUUCAAUA